AUGCACUCAAUCGCACGCGCGCAUGUGUGGCAGAAUGAGGUGGACGACCCAUCAGCAUGGGUGCUCGGCAUCAUUGUCUACAGCGACGGCACGAACGCAACGCGCAACGGGCGCCGUCAGGCAUGGCCCUUCCUCCUUACGCUGGUGAACGUACCGGAGGAGCUGCGAAAGACAGAACCAGGCCAUGCUCUAGCUGGCGUGCUGCCUUUCCCUCCGGAGUGGGCUACCUCUACAGAGAAGGCCCGAGUGUUUCAGGAGGCGAUUCGGAUCAUACUGGCGCCGCUCAUGCGGGAAUCCUCGACCGCUCCACUGAGAGUCUUUUACGUCACCGACGCCAAGGGAGAGCCGGUGAAGGCAGUGCCAUGUUUUUUUGGUUACCCCGGGGACUUCAUCGAACAUUGCAGAGCUACGGCGACGCUGCAAACGGGGACGAAGCGGCCCUGCUGCAACUGCUACGUCCCGGAAGAGCUUCUUCGAGACCUCGAGCAUGUGGCCACACCUCGUACAGUGGAGUCGGAGAUGCACGUGCUACGCAACAUGCUUGCGUGCAAGACCUUGACAGCUGCGGAGGAGAUUCAGACCGAGUGGUCAACUCAUCCCGUGGAGUGCGUACUCUCGCGGUGGAACUUCUCGCACACGACGUGGGGAAACCCGUUUGGGGCUUGCGCGGCCGACAUCAUGCACGUGCUGGAUUCGGGGAUGGCAUUGCACAUGCUGGAGAAUCACAUAACGGUGCUAAGCAAGCCUGAGCGGCGUGAUGUUGAGAGGCGCAAGAAGACAACCAAGGGAGAGACCCCGAGUGUCAUCUUGCGACUCCCUGGAGGCAGCUCCUACUUCAUGAGCGGCGCGAACUAUGCCGCCUUUGAACACUGCAGCAUGAUGCAGGUCAUGCCCAUCCUGGUGGCGGACAAGUCAGCCCUGCGUUCGGGAAAGGAAGGCGAGUUGGCCGCACUGCGCGUGCGUGCCUUCCGGAUGUACGCCACCUUCUACAAGGCAUUUCUGGGGGUCAGCACACACACGGAGGCCACGCUCGCAACCGCACGGGCCCACGCCAUCAAGUAUGUCGGAUGGGAUUUGACGGGGUUGGUGGAGAUCCUGCCACAGGCAUACCCGGACCACGCAUCGCAUUGGCGCUUUCCCAAGAUCCACCUGAUUGUCCACUUGCUGGACAAUGUGAUCUGGCACGGCAUGCCGCACCACUACAGCACGGAGAUGUGGGAGCAUACCUACAAGGGGAUGGUCAAGAACCCCGUCAGGGGCGGCAACUGGAAGGACAUCCCCAGACGCAUCGUGGAGGAGGAGGUGCAGAGGGAGAUCUGCAGGGAGGUGGCACAGGACGCGGGUGGUGGGCGACAGUAUGCGACAGCGCUGCGCGAGGCCGUGGAGACGAUGAAACCCGUGCUCACGAGGAAGGGUCGCACAAUGCGGCCGGCGGAGGAGGGCGACGCUGUGAUGGGAACCUACCGCACGGCACUGGGCCACCUCAUGGAUGCGCUGCCGGGGAGCAUGGUGGCUGCAUCCAUCACGGCAUCCGCGGUCGUGGCCCAUACCGCGGUGGCGAUUCCACGCACCAAAGGAGGAGCUCUGGUCUCCAAGGGCGCGUUCGUCAAGGCAAGCCCCAAAGAGAAGUGGUUCACGGACUUUGCAGUGAAGUCUCCCAAGAAGGAGGAGUGGUAUGCCAAGGCGCUGUGCAUCUUCAAGGCUGAGACCGCAGAGGGCGACCGGAAGGGGUUUGUGUACGUGCGGUGGUAUGAGAGGGCAGGCAUUUGCCCUCUCACCACCUGCGUGCAGCUGACCCCGUCGCACAAGGAUACAAGGCACGCAGUGAUUGCUGUGGAGAGCAUUGAGCGCGUUGUGCACAUUUGUCGCUCGUUCAGCAACCCCGCGGUGUUGCUGCUGAACAAGUUCUUGCUCAUACCUUUUCCUGCGGCAAUGGCGUCCCUGGUAUCCCUUCUCGAGGCGCUGAAGGCCCCGCCCGAAAAGGUGUUCACUUUCACGGAGUUUCCGCUAAUCCCCACACGGGUGCCUCUAGGGACUUCUAUCGAUGAGCGCGCGCAGCUUUCGCGGGAGUGGCACAUGCCCGUGUGCUUCAUGUACAACGCGACUGGAUGUGUCACGAAACCGCCGAUCGUGGUUCUACGAAGGGAUGACAAGAGGCCCGUACAUGCGGGGCGCAAGAAGGAGCACGACGUGAAAGUGCGCUACGCGAGGAAAGGGCGUUUUUCUUGCGAGUGGCAUUUCGGUGGUCGUUUCAUCUCCGUCAUGCGGGAAGCCAUGACAUCCGUUGAGUUGCCCGCGCAGUUGUUCACGGAGUACAUGGAGGAGUUCAAUGGGGAAUUGCACGCCAAGAACGAGAGGGCGGUGGUACUGGUGCACAACCCGUUGCACACACUCACCGGGUGUGUGAAAGAAACCAGCACGGUGGAGGGGUUUGUCGUGGAGGAGCUUACACGCGUGAAGGUUGUGCAGACAUUUGGCGUGGUGCCGGCGGUUGCGUUCUCGGCCAUAAAUGGUGUAGUGGACUCGUUGAAGGCAGUGUUCCGGACGUGGUUCAUGCGGUCGGCCGUGACGAGCACGGAGUGGACACGUGAUGGCGUGUUCCCUAGGCCGCCGCUGCAUGAUGUCCUGUACAAGCUGUUCAUGGCGGGCAAGUUGACGAUGCCCGGGACAAUCCAGAGGAGCUGGUGGCGGGCUGGCACCGUGCCGAAGGGUUGGCUGUCGCGGAUGGACCGCCUGAAGGGGAAAGCUGCGGCCGGCAUGUUUGACAUGAUGGUGGUGGACUUGACGUGCCUGCAGCUGGUGAUUGAGGAGUUCAAAAGCAAGUGCAGCAGCGGGGCGUUUAUGACGGCGUGGGACUUCGUGGGGUGCGACGAAUUUCUACUUGAGAAGUGGGCGCCUGAGGGGGCCGAGGAGGAAGGCUCAGAGGAUGAGAUUCCGGCCUUUUUUUGCAUCCCGGAGGGCCCGCUCAUGCGCGACAGGCGCAGCUGUCGCCGGGUGGGCCGCAUGGUUCACGGUGGUUUCGUGAAGCGUGCGGAGGCCUUGGGUAUUCAGCCGAAGGACGUGCCAGAGGAGGCCGGCGUGGUGAAUGAGGAGGUUGCGAGCCGCCUUCGAUGCACACCUACUAAGCGCAUCCGGGUGUGCAGCUCCAGUGAUGAGGGGCUCACGUCUUCCGCGUCGGAUGAGGGAGGCCACAUCCCGAAGGCGGGUGUGUUGUUCCCAUUGGAGGAUGACAAGGAGAGCGUCAUACGCAUGGUGUAA